AUGUCAAGAAAUUCGCAUAGUAUAGCUGAUCUUACAACUCCGACAAGUACAGUCUCAUCGAUGAUGACAAGUGUUCAAAUAGGUGAUAAUGAUGAGGAUGACGGUGGUGAUUCUUGUAGUAGACCUGAAAAAUCCUUUAAAAGAAAUUCAAUUAACAAGAAUAGUAAUAAUAAUAAUAAUAACUCAAUAAUACCCUCCUAUUCAACAAAUAUGCUAUCGUCUUCUGAAUCGUUGAAUAAUACUAAUAAUAAUUGGUCAUCCGUAUAUAAACAUGCAGUUUAUCCGUUAGUUGAAAAUACUUCUUCUUCUUCUACAGCGGCUAUACUGAAAUCGAAUCUUUUACUUCUUCAAGAUACUUUUAAACCAGCGAAAAUAUCACCUUCAACAUCUCCACCACUACCAGUGUCGUUACCCUCUGCUGCGUCUGGUGGUAGUCUACUUUCAGUGCCGCCUAUUCCUACAUCACUACCGCAGCCGCCGUUGCCCCCACCGUCGCCUAUUCAUCUUCCGAUGUCUACAUCAUCUGAAGAUGUGAAUUACUGUGGAUCAUCAUCAACACUUUUGAAUACUAUCACUAAUACUACUAAUGAAAGAAUAAUGAUGAAGAUGGCUAUAUCGAAUCCUUCGUAUAAUAAUUAUCAUGAGAAGUAUUCUAAGACGACAGUGAUAUCCUGCAGUACCAGCAGUACUCCUUCUUCGUCUACUACUGCUACGACGAUUGGUACUCAUGCCUCAUCGAUUGUUGCUGGUGGUAGUAGUAGUAGUAGGGGUUCUACUGUUGAUAUUUUUUGUAAGCCUGAAGGUGAUUGA